UACGCCGACAGCAUGGCCGCGCGGCCGCUGCUGACGAAGAUGGGCACGUCCGCGGCCAUCUUCGGCGCGAGCGACGCCAGCGCGCAGGCCCUGGAGCGCGCGCCGGCGCUCGACCGGACGCGGCUCGCGGUGACGACGGCCAUCGGCGGGUUCUACUUCGCGCCGGCGGCGCACGUCUGGUACGGCGCGAUCACGAAGGCCAUCCCCGCCAACGACCUGCGGGCGAUCCUGACGAAGGCGCUCCUCGGCCAGCUCAUCUUCGGUCCGCUGGUGACGUGCGUCUUCUUCGCGUCCGCGCGCGUCCCCGGGCGGGAAACAAAAAUAGCGCUGCCGGGGAAGAUUCGGAGCGAUCUGCUGGGCGUCCAGGCCGCGGGGCUCGGCUUCUGGCCCUUCGUCGACCUCGUCUCCUACGCGUGCCUCCCCGUGGACUACAUCCCCGUCUUCGUCAACGGCGCGUCCUUCGUCUGGACCAUCUUCCUCUCCUUCAAGUCCCGGGCCGCG